AUGUCUCUCAUAAAAAUAUCAUUAUUGUCUCUGUUUACUCUCUGCUUGAUAUCUGCACAGGCAGCAAGGUUUGACAUCGUCAACCAAUGCUCUUACACUGUCUGGCCAGCUGCCACUCCCAGCGGCGGAGGCAGGCAGUUAAACUCAGGCCAAACAUGGAGUAUAGACAUCCCAGCUGGAACCUCGUCGGGCCGAAUUUGGGGCCGAACAGGUUGCAAUUUUGACGGCUCAGGUCGUGGUAGUUGUCAAACCGGUGGCUGCGGUAAUGUCAUCAGUUGCACCUUAUCCGGUCAGCCUCCACUCACACUUGCUGAAUUUACCCUUAACGGUGGAAACAAUCAGGAUUACUUUGAUCUAUCAGUGAUUGAUGGUUUCAACAUUCCAAUGCAAUUUGCUCCAACCUCUAAUGGAUGCAACAAAGUUCGAACUUGCAGAGAAAAGUCUUGCCCUGAUGCUUAUCAGUAUCCGAGUGAUGAUACUAAAACAGUUUCAUGCCCAGGUGGUACCAACUAUAGAGUUGUCUUCUGCCCUUAA